AUGGAGAAAAAAAAAGAGUUGGAAAGUAGUGUGACCAGUCAUGGUCACUGUGGCCAUGGCGGUAGUAUAUAUGGGCCUGACAACAAUAACUUUAUUCAAGGAAAUGGAAAAAGCACUGCAUCUAAUACUGUAGUUCAAAGUGAAAAUUUAUUAGCCAAAAGAACUCGAGAUGAAAAUACAGAACAAAAGAUAGUAGAAAUUUUUCAAAAUCUUUUGUCAAAAAUUAAUAACUCUGCACCGUUUAGUGAUGGAACCAGAUUAAAGGAACAUAUUAUUACACCAACACAUAUCGAAAAUUCCCAAAAAAUAACACAAGAAAUUGAAUCAAAAAGAAUGCACACUACCUUUUUGACAUCAUUUUUUAAUGAUAAUUAUAAUACGCCAACAAUGAAUACUGGUAUCAUUGAUUUGACUGGAAAUCAACCAACUAAAAUUCUUUUAACGAAUCAAAUCAAAUACCCUUAA